AUGUUGUCAUGCCAAAUUAAAAUUUAUUUAGAGCUAUUUUCUUGUAUUUUAUUGAUAAAAUUUAUGAUGUUUCUAGCUUCUUUCAAGCAUUUCUGUUUUGAAAUAGACCUCAUUCUCUAUUUCAAAGCUCAUCUCUUUGGAAGCAAAUUUGAAGAAAACGCUAUAAACAUUUUUUAUAUUCUAAUUAACAGUUUCAUAUAUUAAUUAAAUUGCUUAAUCUUUUGCUGAAGCAUUAUUAAAAAAAUAUAA